CAACAAAAUUAUGGCGAAAGAAAAGCAUUUUCUUUGAAUUGCCAUAUUGGAGUAGUCUUUUGAUACGCCAUAAUUUGGAUGUGAUGCACAUUGAAAAAAACGUAUGUGAAACUUUACUUGGGACAUUGCUAGAUAUUGAAUGGAAAAGUAAGGAUAAUAUGAAAGCACGUUUAGAUUUGGAGGAAAUGAACAUUAGAAAGUCAUUGCAUCCUAUAAGAGAUCCUAAUAAUCCAACAGAGAUCCCAAAAGAGUUCCCACCAGCUCCUUUUACCUUAUCUUUGGAGCAAAAGAGGAAUCUGUGUAACUUUUUGACUAGUGUGAAAUUUCCGGAUGGGUAUGCUUCGAAUAUUUCACGAAAUUCCUCACUUAAAGAGCGUAAACUCUCUGGGUUGAAAAGUCACGAUUAUCAUGUUAUCUUGGAGCAUCUAUUGCCUCUUGCCAUACGUGACUUGCCCGUAUCAUUGUCCGCUCCACUUAUUAAGUUGAGGGAAUUUUUUAGAGAGUUAUGCUCUAAAGCAUUGAAGAUUGACGAGUUAGAGAAACUCGAAGAGCAAAUUGGUGUUACCCUUUGUGAGUUGGAACGAAUUUUCCCACCAUCAUUUUUUGUGAUUAUGAUGCACUUACCCGUACACCUUGCAAGUGAGGCUUUGAUUGCCGGGCCAGUUCAGUAUCGAUGGAUGUACCCUAUUGAAAGAUAUCUUAGCAAACUAAAAGGGUAUGUACGCAAUAAAGGUCACCCGGAGGGAUCAAUGGAAGAAGGUUAUCUUUUAGAGGAGUGCUUGACAUUUUGUUCAAGAUAUAUGGAUGAUGUAGAAACAAAAUUCAACAAGCAAGAUAGAAUUUAUGAUGAUGAUGGUGAUGAUGAUAUUAGUUCAACUGACUGCCUUCCUAUAUUCGGGAUAAGAGGUAGAGCAUUUGGGAAGGAAAAUCCUCGUUUACUUAGUACAAAGGAAUGGGAAGAAAUUCACUAUUAUGUGUUGAACAAUUGUGAAGAAGUGCAACCAUUCAUCGAUGAGUACAAUCGCGAUGCGACAAAUGCCACGGGGAUGGUUUCUUCACGUAAAAGAAAAUUCAUUCAAUGGUUUAGAGAUCAAGUCACAACAUUGUCUAAGAGAAAACAUCCAAGUGCUACCAAUAAUUUAAUAUCAUUAGCACAAGGUCCAGAUCGUGCGGUGGUGUCUGUCAAUGGAUACAUGGUUAAUGGGUCGAUGUAUCGCACUAAGGAUAGUGAAAGGGAGAGAGAAACACAAAAUAGCGGCGUUGUUGUGAAGGGAGAAAGUGGAGCUUCAAAUCUAGAAUAUUACGGCCUUUUGCAAGAAAUCAUAGAAGUUCAAUAUAUUGGAGGAAAUCGGGUCAUUUUGUUCAAAUGCGAUUGGUGGGAUGUUCAUACCCAAGGCCAAGGGAUCAUUACAGAUUCUUUUGAGUUUGUAAGCGUCAAUACCUCAAAAGUGUUGGCUAAUGAUCCUUACAUUUUAGCUUCUCAAGCUCAACAAGUGUUUUAUGUCGAUGAUGUUGUGAAGCCCAAUUGGAAGGUUGUAGUUAAGACUACACCAAGAAACUCCUAUGAUGUCCCGGAGCUAAAUGAAUAGAACGAAGCUGAUUAUAUGCUCGAUAAAUAUUUUCCUAUUACUCAUUUUCAUUGUUAUGUUAUAAAUUAUGAACUUCAAUUGUGUUUCAAUUUAAGCUUUCUACAUUGAAUAUAUUUGUGUUAGUAAAUUGCUCUUUUGUCUUGCCUUUUACCACGCCGUUUACGUUAAGAGUGACUGAUUAGAUUGUUUGAUGAAUUUGUUUGCCAACUUCUCUUGCCACCAUAAUAAAAUUCUUCACGUGUUUGAUAAGAUGCAGUCUUCUGCCUACAUUUUCAUUAAUGCAGACACAAUGUUAUGAUUUUAUUUUAAAUUUGAUGUAUAAUAAUUGUAUUCAU